UUUCUGGGUUCGGACCAGCAACAUGGCCAAACGUGCCAAGAAGGUUGGGAUCGUCGGUAAAUACGGGACCCGCUAUGGGGCCUCCCUCCGGAAAAUGGUGAAGAAAAUUGAAAUCAGCCAGCAUGCCAAGUACACUUGCUCUUUCUGUGGCAAAACCAAGAUGAAGAGACGAGCUGUGGGCAUCUGGCACUGUGGUUCCUGCAUGAAGACAGUGGUUGGCGGUGCCUGGACGUACAAUACCACUUCCGCUGUCACAGUAAAGUCCGCCAUCAGAAGACUGAAGGAAUUGAAAGACCAGUAGACGCUCCUCUACUCUUUGAGACAUCACUGGCCUAUAAUAAAUGGAUUAAUUUAUGUAAAA